AGUAUACCAAAAAGACCACAACACUAGAUCACACUGAUCAAUUCUCUGCAACAAGCACAAAGCAAGCAUGUCUCAGAAUCGAAGCCCAAGCGAGUUCAAGCCUCUAGCUCCAUCCAUAGUAGCAUAUCCUUACUUUGGAAGCCCCUUUAGAAGCCCAGAAGAUCCACAACACCCCAUCAUAUCAGAAACACAAAUUUCUCGAUUGAAAAAGUGCGUCCUCUUCUGCGGAUGCAUCACCGCACUUCUUGUGAUCUUCUUCGUCAUCCUCAUAGUCCUCGCCUUCACUGUCUACAAUGUCAAAGACCUAAAGGUAAAGAUUAACAGAGUUACCCUUGUCAACGGAACUCUCACAAACGGAGCCACCGAAAACCUCACCGUGCUCAACGAUGUCUCUGUGAAGAACACGAAUUAUUUCACCUACAAAUACAGUAACUCGACCACCACUUUCUUCUACGACGGCGUGGCGAUCGGAGAAGGUGUUACGCCGGCGGGGAAGGCGAAAGCGAGAAGGACGAUGCGGCUGAACGUGACGUCGGUGGUUGUGACGAAGAAACUAGUGGGGAUUCCGAAUUGGGCGAUUGAUAUUAGAGAUGAUGUUUUCAAUAUCAGCAGCUAUACGAGGAUUGAUGGGAAGGUGAAAGUGCUGGGAAUGUUUAAUAGGAAGGUUGUGGUUGAGAUGAAUUGCACGAGUCAGUACAACAGAAACACUGGUUUGAUCACGCGUGGUAACAAUUGCUUGGGAAAUAUUGAUAUUUAGCUUGUUUUUAUCAUGUAAUUAUAGGGAUUCUUCACUUCUUGCAAUUUUUUCUCUUUUUCUUUUUUGGGGAAAACUAGUAGUGUAACCAAAAUUUGUAACAUAUAGCAAAACAUCAAGGUGUAUGUAGGUUGUUUCCUUGAAGAGUUUUUUUUCUUUCUAAAUCAUACUUAAACUUGGUUUC